CCGCCCAGACCGCCCAGACCCAACAAGCCGGAAAGGUCACCGAGUCCACCUGAGGAAGAGGAGGAGCAAAGCCGGAGAUAAGGUGGCAGAGCAUUCUCUACAAACUUCCCCUGCUGAAGAAGCUCUAUUUUAUGAUGUCAUGAGUUAAAGUCCUAUAAAAGUCAAACAAACAAAACAUAAUAAUGGUUUUGUGUUAUGACUUCUUCAAUUAUGAGAUGUUCAUGUGCCUUUGUGUUUAUCUUAUAAUAAUGUUGCCUUCAAGAGGUACUUGUAAAUACAAGUUAUCAUGCUGUAACUGUAAACUACUUUGAGUGUAUAUCAUUAUCCCUGUUCUUUAAAAAAGCACAAUAUUUGUUUAUGUUUUAUUGUACAAAUGGAAUAGUAUUGUCAAUCAAUCUUUAUCAGAUUUGCAUAACAAUCAAAUAUCAAGAUGUGUCUCACAAAUUCUGUGUAAAAUGGACUUCUGAUUGUUAUUCUACAGAUUUUAACUUCAACUGUAAAUAUUCAUGUAUUUAUUUGAUUGUGUAUUUAACUUCAGACACCACUUAUGUCCAGAAUGACACUUAAAAUGUGUCAUGUCACAUUAGUAGACCUACAGAUAUCCGUUUAAAAAAAAAAAAAAAAAAAAGAUUCCAGAUGUUUGAUACAAAAUCUUCAAAUUUUACUGUUUUUAGCCAGAUAAUAUAAACCAAUUAAUUCAAAUAAAAGGGAUUUCUCCACUUGGAUUAUUUUUCUGGCAGUACCAGAAACUCUUGGAAACUGCAUUUAGAGAAAAUUAUCAACAAAAUAUAUAGCUGAACAGUUAAAUGAACAAAUAAUAAAAACAAUAGGGCAGGGUUGUGUUGGGCUUUUGGAAUACUAAACUUCUGGCUCCGGCCCUUAAAGGGUUAAGCUUGUUUACAGUUCCUAGAGGGAGGUACUUCUGGUAACAGGUUGGCUCUCUGCCGCAUCUGUCUAAGCUCCUUCCUCUCCUUCCUCUCCUUCCUUCUUCCAAACAAUAACUGCGUAACAACCGUACUUUCAGCCACACUUUGUCAGGUGGAGUGCAAUAGUUUUAGGUUUUUCUUCCACGCUAACAGACAUAAACAGAAGCCGGCGGGAUGUCUGUGGUCAUGACCAAGGCUGAGGGGGUCACUGUGUUCACUAUGAGCUCUGACCCACAAAGUGUUCUUCCUCCACUGUGCCAAAUCCUCAAAGGCCUUUGCUACAGCCCUGUGUGCUGCUCUCUGUCUCAGAACCUGAGGAGGGUCCAGAGACAUUCCCAGUCACUACUGGGGGCUCUGCACAUUAUGGUUGGGUUGCUCAACAUCGGCCUUGGAGUGAUCCUUGUUUGCAGUCGCGGUGGCUCUUGGCAGCAGAUGGAUUUAACCGGGUUUCCUUUCUGGAUCGGAGGAUUGAGUAUGUUGUUCGGCAUCGUUGGCAUUUUGUCUGAGAAGUGCCCCAGUCCGUGUCUGGUCUUCAUCAAUGUGAUCCUGAAUCUAGCAGGAGUGGCCUUCUCCAUUACAGCCAUCGUACUCUACAGCAUCAAUAUAUGCUACAUAAAGCUGUGGUGGAUGUGUAGCAAAUAUAAUGACUAUUACAAUUCAGGCUAUCGAGACACUACAGCUCCGACUGAAUCUCCUGUGGAGAAGUACAUGACGGAGGAAUGCUUGGAGGGCAAGGAGCUGGCUCUGAUGCUUUUGAGAAGCGUGAAUGCUCUGCUGAUUGUCCUGUCGGCCCUGGAGCUCUGCCUCGUCAUCAGCUCUGCCGUCUUGGGGAUCAAGGCUCUGAGGAGCAGAGAGAAGGGAGAAAAGGAGAAGAUGGGUGACCCAGAACUCUACAAUCCACUGCUGGAGGAAGUCACCAGUUAUCCCACAGCCUAGAUACCACUCUCUGCUUUGUGCUGUCUGUUAUCAGGUACUAUAAUCCUGUGCAUUUAUAACAUGCUGUAACAUUCGUGAUUCACACAACUUCAGCAUGUACGGUCUCUGCCAAACUUCUGGGUCUAUUACUAUAAGGGUUGCUUAAUUCAAAUGUUUUGCACUUCACUUUUAGAGUAUUUUUUCUAAUAACAUGCACUAAAUUGUAUAUGCUGCUUUCCAUUUCAUGCUCUGUUGAUGUUUUAAAAAUCUGUUCCCUUUGAUUAUGAUUUCCUGUCGAGUAAUGUGCCUUACAGUCAGCUUGUUUGUAGGUGAAAGGGAGGUUCAUGCACAUGUGUGUGACGGACACACACAUUGAUGGACUGAUGGGGUUUUUGUUUGCUAUUUUACAAUAUGAAGCCAUGAAAUAGAAGUGAUAAUUAUAAAGUGUGGGCUGAAGGAGAUUAUAUAUUUUGAAAAGGUAAUUAUAUUCCCCCUUUUUGAAAUUCUGUUUCUGUAAUGAAAAAUGAAAGUUAAAUAAAAUGAUUACACUCUG